CUGAUUGAUCAUCCUGGCUUAGCGACGCUGACGGCGCGAAGGAUUCGAGCAGUUCCCCUCCUGCAGAGUCGCCAAUGCGCGCCAUUCACUGCGCCUGCCGGGCGACUCGGAAAGGGCGGUCAUGCCCUAAAUCUCGAGAAUUGCAAAUUCACCGACGUGCACGCAUCCUAGCCUCGGUUCUUCACGUGUUGCGGAUGCCAGUUUCCAUGUUUCUGCAAUUCUUGCAUUCUCCGGGAACCCCUGUCGUGCAAUCGGCUGACCCUUCGAUUCUUGGCCACGAGGGUUCCGUGACCAGGAUGCAUCCGGCUGCCUAAAGCGAGGAGACCCUCGUCUGUUCUGGACAACGACACAGGUACGAUACGAUUACGAAGGGUUCCCAGCCGAGGAGCCACAUGGAUGAUCCUGAAGAAUGCGAACGAGAAUGGACUGCAGAGGCCAAGAAAGG